AUGGCCAAUUCAGUUGAGUUGGAAAAAGAUGCUGAGUUAUUCAAGAGACUUGCAGUAGAACAAGAGUCUGAAGGUCACUACGGAUCAGCUGCUUUCUUUUACACAGAGGCUGCUCAAGCUUUGUUGAAUUCCCUUGAGGCCGGUUCUACUACUGAAGGCUUACUAGAGUUAGCUCAACAGUACAGCGAUAAAGUUAAGGAGCUGAAAUCCAAAAUUGCUACGGAAAAUGUUCCAGCAAUAGAUACUAACAUCAAGAAAAGCAAAGCUGACUUAGCAAGAGCGCGUUGUUUACUGAAUGAUGCAGUAUCCGAAGAUGAGAAAGGGAACAUUUCUGAAGCAAUCGAACUUUAUACACUGGCUGUGGAAUUACUUUUGUCCUUGAAAAAAGAUGUCGGCGAUGGUUAUAUGCUCCAGCAAAUUCAGAAGUUUGCCAAAGAGGGUUUAGAUCGUGCUGAGAUUUUGAAAUUACGUGUAAACGAAACACAAACUUCACAUUUCGAUACUGGAUCUACGUACAGUAAUUCUGUGUCGCAGAAGAUGGCUGCGCCCAGAAGACCACCUGCUUUUCCCAAGACAGGCCCAGGUGGCUUUUCUUUGGAGGAAUUAAAGGUUUUAAAAGCAACAUCUAUAAUUAAUGGUCGUGAGUACCUACCGUUUUUGGAUUCAAUUGAUCUACGUGAACGAUUUUCAUUCGCAACUCCUUUUGUUGAUAAAGAUGGCCUUCUAGCGUUAUCUAGCAAGCAGACGUCUUUAUUAAGCCGUUGGGUUCGUCCUUCUGAAUAUAUUGAUCAACCAAAGAUGAUUUUGGCCAUAUCAUGUUUUUCAAUAUGUCAAACAGUCGUUACUGAUUGUUCAUUUGUUGCCUCGAUAGCUAUUGCUGCUCAGUAUGAAAGACGUUUUAAAAAAAAACUGAUCACAAAUGUUAUUUAUCCUCAAGGCAAAAAUGGCGAAGCUGUUUACAAUCCAUGUGGGAAAUACAUGAUACGCUUAAAUUUCAAUGGUGUUCCUCGUAAAGUCAUUGUAGACGAUUUAUUACCAAUGGGAAAAGAUGGAAAGCUCUUAUGCUGUUUUUCUAAUAAUCAUAAUGAAUUAUGGGUAUCCUUAUUAGAGAAGGCGUACAUGAAAGUGAUGGGAGGAUAUGAUUUUCCUGGAUCGAAUUCGAAUAUUGAUUUACACGCUUUAACUGGUUGGAUUCCAGAACGUAUAUCUAUCCGAUCUAGUUCAUCUGUUUUUGAUAAAGACAAAGAAUUUCGUCGUCUUUUAAGUCGAUUUCACCAAGGUCAUUGUUUAGUCACUAUAGCGACUGGACAAUUAUCUGAUGAAGAUAGUGAACGUUCUGGAUUAGUUCCAACUCAUGCAUAUGCUAUGCUGGAUAUACGAGUAGUAGAUGGUUAUCGUUUAUUCUUAUUAAAAAAUCCCUGGAGUCAUAUGCGUUGGAAAGGCAAUUUCUCAGAACGUGAUUGGCGUCUUUUCCAUUGUGGAUGA